GCUCCCUAUAAAACGAGAUCAGGUUUUUGUCUGAUUAAAGUAUCUUCUUGUACCAUCGCGCUAAACUUUUAUUACAAAUUGAACAGGAAAUUUAUUUAGUAAAAUGUAUUUAAAAUAAUCAAAUCGAAUUCGAUUGAGGACAUUUUGCGUUUGAUAUUAAAGUGAGUAUGCGAUUCGGUGUACAUUUUAUUUUGUUUUGCGAAAACAGUUCAGUGAUGUGGAUGUGAUGAUUUUCGAUGGACGGAACGAAGAAAAAAACGCAAAGAAAAUUCGUACAGUCAAAGAAGGGUGUUGUUUUUAAAAUAUAUAAGACGGAAGAAAAAAAUGUACAGAAAACGUUUGUUCUUUGAAUUGUGUUUUUUUUCACUCGCCAAUCGAUGCAAUUGAGUGGACUUUGUGAUAUUCAAAACUAAUUCUAAUAAAAUAAAAUUAAAAUUAAAUUUCAUUAAGUGCUCAGUGGAUAAAUAAAAUACAAAAAAAAAGUUAACAUAAAUUGAAGUAUACGAAAAAAAUAAAUAUAUUUUGGGAUUCUUUGCACAAGUAAAUGGAUAAAUGUAUCCAUUGAAAAUAUUUAAAUAAGUAAGUAAACAAACAACAAAAAAAGCUUUAAUAUUGCAAACACGACGAAAUAAAAUAGACAUGCACAGAAAACGUAUAAUAACGACGAAGUGACGAAAUUAAAAUAUUUCGAAGUGAAUACCAAAUAUAAAAGUGAAAUAAACAAAAAAAUAUUAAGAAAUUUCAUCUCUCAUUACGACAAAUAAUUUCGCGAAAAACAGAUGAAAUAUGACUUUCAAACGAACAAAUAAUAUGCCGGACUCUAACAUUCCACUCUACCAGGGAAAUCCUGUGUAAGAGUUUUCUAUGUGUUGAUCAAUCUACCGUUUCGAAUCAGACGAUAUGGGCACAGCAUGGCCUCAGAAGUAUUAUUCAAUCAACCGACAUGUACGCUACAAUUUCAUCGAUGCCAAUCCAAUAACAAAUUUAAAACCAAUUCAAACACGACAUCACAUUUACUCCGAAAUAAGUGUUUGUUCCAAGACAACAACAGCAAACCGACAACAACAACAGCAACAGCAACAUCAGCAAAAUCAAAUCGAUGCAUUCAAACCAAUGCCGAUUCAAUGGAAUGCAAAGAAACAGAUGUGUCCACCAUCCGACAAAGAUUCCAGAAGCAUCGUUGGAAAUGUGGUAACAAUCGAACGGAAGAGACGUGCGAAUGGUUACGAUCUGGCGUCAUUACACACGAAAUUGGAUUGUUUAAAAAACAGGGAAUAUAUCGAAACGAGUGGCUUAUGGAAAACGAUGAUACAUUCGAACGAAUUAUUGGCAAUGGUUCGACGUUACCAUUUAGCAAUAAAAUAUCCGAACAACAACAAUUCAUAUUCACGAAUAAGCAACAAGAUCAUUUGCAACACAACUCACAACAGCAACAACAACAACAACAACAACAACUAUCCCUACCAACUAAUAGCGAUCAAACCAAAAUCAAUCAACUCGUUUUUAAUACAAAAAUAUUUACCAGAAAUCAAGACAACAUACAAAUUCCUGAAAAUUGCUGCCAAUAUGAUUAUAAAUUUGAUGGCCUUACAUCUAAAUGCGAUGCAAAAAGCUUUUGCUGCCAAAAUGAUAGUUAUGUUUUCAUUUGUAAUUAUGACCGUGUUGAACAUGUUAAUUGUUGCCAAAUCAAUGAUGUGUCCAAGAAAUGUUGCUGCCACCAUACGGGUUUUCGGCCAACGAAUGUCGAUGAUCAAAAUGAAUCCUAUUUACCACAUUUUGUGGAUCAUUGGCGUAGAAAGAGCAUCGUACGAAUCAAUGUCCUGUCGCUGCUCAACGAUUUGCAGAAAUUUGUACGAGCUAUCUUGCCAAUCCUGUUACUAUUCAAUAUGCUUCCAUUAUUAUAUGCAGUGGCGUCCGAUAUCGACGCUUCUGUAGUAAGGGGUCCUCAUCCAGAACCCCAACCAUGGAUUCCAGUUGUUGCAUAUUUGGAGCCUCUGCCGAGGCCAACAAAGGCACCAAAAUGCGAUCAAACGUUUGUGUCUCGAAUUGGUGGGCCACAAAAUGGAACAUUUACCGCACCAUUAUUACAAAAUCCAACGAAUCAUUCAAGACAAUGCCUUUAUAUAUUCCUAGCAGGCCCUGGGCAACGUGUAGAAGUGCAGUUUACAUCAUUUAACUUGAGAGGAUCUCCACCUGAUGGAUCGGCUGUUGGGGAGAUACCAGCCUGUGGUGCUGAAUAUAUGGACAUUUAUGCUGAAGUACAGUCAUCGGACCCAGCUGACCUAAUUAAUUCACCAUUUGGAGGACGCUAUUGUGGACCCAUACCACCACGUCGUCGAAUAUCGUUAUACAGAGCUGUAGCAUUAUCGUUUUUCACCGGCAAAAAUGAAACAUCUACAGAUUUGUUCGGUGGCCGGUAUCAAUUUGUCAAUGCUUCACUAUUCGAAAUUGGUACACCAGUCACUGGAUCAGCGUGUUCAUUUACAAUUACACCACAUAAAAAUAAAUCCGACGUUUUUAUUUCACCAACGUACCCAGGUGCCUAUCCGAAAGAUAUGUCUUGCACAUAUCAGUUCAUUGGAGAAUCAAAUCAACGGGUUCGGCUGGAGUUUCGAGAUUUCGAUUUAUUUUUUGGUGGACCACAUUGCCCAUUUGAUUUUGUUAAAGUAUAUGAUGGUCCGGACAAUACAUCCGCACUAAUCGGCACAUAUUGCGGUCAACAAAGGAAUCUCGUACUCUAUUCAAGUGAAUCAAGCCUUUUAGUACAUUUCUUUACGUUGCAAAGGACAGCGCACACACAGAAUCGUGGCUUCAAAGGAAUUUAUGAAUUUAGUGAGGGUUUUGUUAAGUUAGAUUUUAUACGUGAAAACAAUGGAAUGCAUAUACGAGGUUCUGAAUGCGAUCAAAAAAUUUUAUCGAAAAAAGAAUCCAGUGGUUUGGUGUAUUCACCCAAUUAUCCGUAUCCGUACUUGCCGAAAACUGUAUGCAGGUACUUUGUUUAUGGUAUGCAAGAUGCUCAACAUUUAGAAAGAGUACGUUUAGAAUUUCAAAUGUUUGAGAUACAAAAAGGCGAACACAAAGACAAGGAUAAAGAAACGAAUUGUACCGAUGGCUAUCUGAAAAUCUUCCUAAAAGGUCAAGAGACGCAAGACGCAUACGACAAAUUCGAUUAUGAAUUGUGCGGUUACGAUCUUCCUCCAGCAGUAGUGAGUGAUGGACCUCGGCUGGCUAUGGUUUUUAGUUCGGGAGAGCUUCAAGCAAGAGGCUUUAAGGCAAAAUACACAUUCGAAACCGAAUAUAAAAUACCGGGAACUGCUGCUCCUGACGGUUCUUGUUCAUUCACGUAUCGCAGUACGUCACGAAAGAAAGGUGAAUUUAACAGUCCAAGAUAUCCAUCGAACUACCCUUCCGAAACGAACUGUUCGUAUAUGUUCAUGGCAACACCGAAUGAACAAGUGACUAUCGUUUUCGAUCAUUUCAAAAUAAAGGCAGAUAAUGCCAAUACUACGGGCGGUGCGUACGGGUUGACUGUAUGCGUGGAAGAUUGGUUGGAAAUGUAUGUUAUAUUCCGCGAUGGCAGUGAACGAUUCCUUGGUCGAUAUUGCGGUUUGACUGCACCGGGACCAGUCGAAAGUCCACGUGGUGCAGUCGGUAUACGAAUUCUGUUGCACACUGACCAGGAGAGUGUAGCCAGUGGAUUUAAAGCUCGUUACAUAUUUGAAGUGGCGAAAUCAGUGUUUGGUGAUUGUGGUGGGAAUUUUUCCGGUCAAGAAUCGGGUGUUAUUAUGUCACCAAAUUACCCGGCUAAAUACGACGGUCCUGGUAAGGGUCUUGCGUCUCGAGCAUGUAACUGGUAUUUGAGUGCUCGAAAUGGUUACAAAAUACUGAUGCACUUUGAGUUCUUCCACGUCGAGGGUGAUCCAGAAGGUCGAGGAUGUCCAGCCGCAGUGCUACGUGUGUGGACAGCUCCUGAUACUGAACAAGCUCCAUUUGAACUAUGUGGCGAAAAAGCUGCUGGAUUUAAUUGGCACUAUGUGUCCAUUGGACAAUCUUCUAGAAUAAGUUUCACUACAACCGACAAAACUAUAGGUGCACCGGGAUUCCGAGUGGUGUGGACGGCUGUACAAGAUAUUCAACCGGGACCGCCAUCCUCAAUAACCCAUCACUGUGAAUCGUCUUUUUUAUUCCAGUGUGAAACAUCUGGCUUUUGCAUAGCUGAAAAGCUAAGAUGUGAUAAGGUGAAAAACUGUGGACCUGGUGACGAUUCGGAUGAAAUGCACUGUAUAAUGGAAGCAGUCGAGGAAGAUUACGACGCCCUAAUAAUAUCAAGCCUGGCCGCCGUCUCGUUCCUAAUUUGUCUCCUCUGCACAGUUUGUCACUGCAGAAAAAAACGCAGACAUCAUCGUCAACUGGGUCUGCAUAGAAACGCUCACUACGAUUCAACAACAAGUGCCACAGCAGUUUUAAAUUCAUUCUCAGGUUUAGGUUCGAGCAGACGUCAUCUGCAGGCGGGUGGUAGUUUGUCGGGCAGUUUGCGCGGAAUAAACAGUGACAUUAUGACAAUACCCCGGGCACCGCUACCACCGACCAGCGUUCCACCGGAUCACAUUUGCAUCGGACCGGAUCUGAUGGAUGACGAUGACGAUGAUAAUCAGGAAGAUCUAUUUAUGAAUGGUGAUCGUUUUUCUAGCGGCGAUAGUGUAUAGCAGUGGUAACAAUAUUAUGAAUUUAUAGUAAAAAUUAAAAAUAAAAAAAAUGAUAAAAAAAAUGCAACAAAAAGAAAUGUUAACGAAAAGAACAAAAAAUUUAAAUUUUAUUUUUCCAAUUCAUUCAAAAUGUGUGAUUUAAGAUUAGUUAAAGAAAUUGAUUUUAAAACUCAUAUAAGUUUUUUAAACAAAGAAAAAAAGUCAUUUUUAAACGCGGUCGGUUGUAUAAUGUAGAAAUAAUUUUGUUGUGACAUCAAAAUUUCGUUUAAUGCUAAAAAAAAAACAAAGAGGCGUAUGUGAAAUAAAGUAAUUAAAAAAAAAAAUUGAGUAAAUAAACCCGCAAUAAAUU